AUGGAUUUAACUCAAUCGCAAGAACAAGACAAAAUAAUACAAUACUAUUUGAAUUAACAAAUUAAAAAGGUCGCUGAUGAAAAGUCAUAAAUCACUCUUCAAUAGGAGUAAGAGAGAAACAAAAUCAAAUUAUAAGUUUGGGAAUUUCUAACUCAAUAACAAUCCAUUUAGUAGUCUCGUCUCAAUGCGACACCCUUGAGUCUUAUUUCUAACAACUCUGCUUAAUCAGACCGUUUCGAUGUUCAAAUGGAUAAAUCCAAAAUGAAAUAAUAGAGUUCGAAAUUUGAAUAAUCAAUGCAAUUCCAAAAAGAGCACCCCAAUUUCCAAAUCAAUUAUCAUUCCUUCGUUGAUUCCAAAGACUAACAAUACAAACAAUUAGAUUUUCUCAUUGCCCAAUAUGAAGAGAAGACUAAGAAUUUACCAAAAAAUUAUUUCAAAAGGCAGCAACCAGACCACGCCUCUAACUAGCUCUAAUAGGAUUAGGAUGACAAUGAUGAACAGUAUAAUUAAGAUUUUGACUAGGAUGAAGAAAUCUAAGAAGUCAUUGAAGAAGAAUUGCAAGAAUCCUCAAUGUAAACCCAAUAAAAGCCAUUAAAAAUUAACUAAUAAGAUAACUAGACUGCUUAUAACAAUUUAAUUAAAUUACGAAUCGAUAGAUUGGAUACUAAUUUUGCAAAUGCAGAAACCUCCAAAUUGAAUGAUGUUAGCAAAUCAUCAGAAUCUUUUAGCGAUUUGAAGAUCAGUCCUAAUGAAACUAAUAAAAUACUUGAAAUCAGCAGAUAAGUGGAUGCUUCCAAAUAAACUGUCUUAAAAUUCGAUUAAUCUUACAAGUAAGCCAAAUCAAACGAAGAACCCUUAAUUGAGUAAUCACAAUAAUCAAUGUCAUCGAAAUUAUUGGAGUUAUCGCAAUAAUAAUCCAAAUUAUAUGAAAAAUAAAGGAUUGAAUAUCCUUAGAUGCCUAGUCUUGAUCAAGAAUUCUCUUAUAAAAUUUAAGAUCAAUCUCAAAUAGCAAAGUCUUUAUAUGCAAAUAAACAGGCAGAUCAAGUUUCUAAAUUUGAUUAAUCUAAUUUUGAGUAAUCAAAGGUAUAGACUCAAAAAAGUUAAUAUGAUUAAAUAUAAAAAAGCAAUGCAACUAGUUAAAUUUAAUCCAAAUAUAAUCAAAUCCAAGAAUAGUCAAAAAAUUAAGAUUUGGAAGAGAAAUCUAAUGUCUCUAAUUAGAAUUAGUCUAAAUUCUAAGAAUAAUAUUCAAAUUAUUAAUAAUCUCAUUAAACCUCUAAAUUCAGUGAAACAUCAAAAAGAGCUCCAUCAACUGAAUUCGAGAAGUAAUAGUCCUAUUAAAAUUAUCUGUAUACUAAUUCUAAUGCCAAUAAAUAAUAUUAACUUUCUUAGGACGUCUAAAAUGAAAACAACAAUGAAGAAUUUUAGGAAGAAGAAGAGAUAUUUUCAGAGGAAGAAGAUCAUAAUAAUAAAUUUUAUUAGUUUAGUAUAAAUUUUGAAGAUUAAGAUGAUAAAGAGAAAUAAAAAAAAUUCGAAGUAUUAAAAAAAAAGAAACUAUAGGAAAUGGAGGAGUUAAAAUAGCUUCGUUAAUAAAGAAAUAAAGAAUAAUAGUAAUAAUAAAGUAGUUAGAAUAAUAAACGAGAUUAAUCUCCAUUAAUGCCUAGUGCUUCAUUAAAAAAAUUAUAAUAAUAAUAAUAAUAAUAAUAAUAACAAUAAUAAUAAUAAUAAUAAUAAUAAUAAUAAUAAUAAUAAAAUUCAUUAAAUCAAUUUUAUUAGCAUCAAUCGCCAUAAUUUUAUUAAAAAAAUGUGGUAUAAGAAAAAGAGCCAUAAUUUAUUCCAACUUCAAUGCCAUAAUCAAAACGUAAUGCUUCAGCGAAUAGAAAAUCUCCUAUGGCAAGAUAAAAAGAAACUGCACAUUUUUGUUCAGAUAUAGAUAGAUCAAUUUCGGUUGAAAAAAAUAAAAAAAAUAAUAAAACUAUUUUAAAGAAUGCGAUAACCUAUGUGUGUCUGGCUGGAGAGCCUAAUAAAAGAGAGAGAGAAGCAAUUCUACAAAAAUUAGAUGGAGUUGAAGCUGAACAUUUUAUAAUUUUAUUCAAAACUUAUGGUAGAUCGGACUUUAGAGCUUUGUAUGGCUAUGCUGUAGAUUCACAACCUUAUUUGAUAUUCGGAUAAGGAAAAUGCCCUCAGGUUUUAACUUCUGAGAUGGUGAAAACAUUUUUCAAAUAUGAUUCCGGAGCUAAAUAGUUUAAAGCAAUAGACGGAAAUAAGUAAUUUACUAUUAUGGUUGAUGCUGUUUAAUUAAGAAAAUGA